UUCAAAUAAAAAUGGAUCUUGAAGAGAACAACCAUGACGUGUCUGGGGAAGGCUAUGAUAUGCACCCAGAGACUGAAGUUUCAACAACUUACACCCAAGUGAAAAUAAAGAAUACAACAACUGAAGAUGAAGACUAUAUUUCGCUGUUUGAAGCAACUAAGACGUUGGCUAAAGCUUCUGUGACUUGUGCUGGAGGACUUCUCUGUAGAAGGACAACAGAGAUCUUUAAUUAUAUGAUGCUCGGAAGGCUCGGCGAUCCAGAAUUAGUAUCAGGAGCAGGACUUGGAAACAGCACUAUCAGUAUUACAUUGAUAGCUGUUGGACUAGGAAUGACGGGAGCUAUUGAGACUCUAGCAUCCAGAGCCUUUGGAAGGGGAAAGAACUAUCUUGCUGGAUGAUAUUAUACUCGUGCUCAAGUGAUACUCACUUUGAUUCUAGUACCUAUUUGUCUCUUGCUGUGGUAUCUGACUCCUGUUCUGAUAUUCUUAGGCCAGGAAGUGCAAGUAUCUAUUUACGCAGGAAAUUACGCUAGAGCGAUGAUUCCUGGGACAUUUAUGUUUGUCCAGACAGAAGCCUUAAGGAAGUUCCUCGUGGCUCAGGGGCAAUACUCCUUUAUGCCAAAGAUUCAACUUGUAACUGCGAUGCUGCACCCUCUGUGGUUAUAUAUUAAUGUCUUCUGUCUCGAUUUAUCAAUAGAAGGAGUGGCUUACUCUACUGUGAUCACCCACUCACUUAACUUUCUGGUUGCCUAUAUUUGGAUCACCAUAGAUAGAUCGAUAGUAAAGGAAGGGAGCUGGAACUUUAUCAACAAGGACACAUUCACCGACUAUUUUGAAUUUUUAAGAUACGGAGUUCCUAACUUCUUAACUUUAGGAUUGGAGGUCUGGUCUUUCCAAUUUAUUCACUUCUGAGCAGGAUUUUUAGGAGCCACUCAACUGGGAGCGAGUGUUAUACUGAUCAACUUGCAGACUUUCCUGUUCAUGGCCUCUCUGGGAACCUCCCUAGUGGCUUCAAGCCUUAUUGGAAAUAAUUUAGGAGCUUCAAAGCCGAAGACGGCUUAUGUAUACAUCAAGGCGAUAAUUACAACGGUGGCUGCUAUUACUUUGACCUUUACACUGGGUUUAAUGGUGUUUAGACAUCAGAUCGCAGCUGCCUUUACCACAAGUGAGAGCAUUCACCAAGAAAUUGUGACCGGUAUUUUUGUUACAUCUUUGAUUACCUUCCCUGAUGGGCUUCACUGUGCUCUCUUUGGUGUCAUGAAAGCAAUGGGGUAUCAAGAUUACUGAACUCCUAUCUCAUUUGUCUGAUAUUGGAUGAUUGCUGUCCCCGUUGGGUACUACUUUGGAGACAGUUCAAGGUAUGGGCUAAAAGGUUUAUGGAUUGGAUAUCCAAUUAGCUUGACACUCUUAUGAAUUAUGUCCUUAUAUCUGAUCCUUAGAACUGAUUUUAAGAAACUCUCUCAAAAAGUGAUAGAAAAACUUGAGAAACAGAAACUCGAACGCGAAAACAGCUAAUUUAAUUUCACUCUUUCCACGACGGAUAAA